UACCCAAUUUCAAACCCCAAAAAAGGCCCCUUUCAGUUCAGCUCAAGAAAUGGAUUAUUUGAGGAGAAAAAAAGAAAGAGAAGCUGCUCAAGAGUACCAAGAAACCCCACAGCCAUGAGACUUCCUUCACAAAACCUAGCCAGCUAAAAACAAAGAAGUAAAAAAAAGGCAAAAAGAAAACCUAAAAGCUUCGUUAGGUAAGUGGUUUUCUUCUUUUUUUUUUUUUUUCUUCUCAUUUUUUCCGGUUUGCAUAUUUUCUUGGUGAAUGGUUACUAAUUAAUUUACGGAAAGGGUGGGGAAAAAAGCGGGGGAAAAUCAAGCUCCUGGUGAUGAAGAAGGGGACGACAGCAGCUGUGGGAUUUAUUUUGGGCUUGCUGCUGUUUUUGUCCGGUGACCCAAUUUGCUACGGCGCCCUUCAGGUCGGGUUCUACAGAGGCAAAUGUGGGUUCGCCGACGUCGAAGCCAUCGUCGGCGGCGUCGUUUCGGCUCAGUUCUUCACCGACCCUUCCCUCCUCGCUUCCCUCAUCCGCCUCCACUUCCACGACUGCUUCGUCAACGGGUGCGAUGGGUCCAUACUCCUUGACGGUCCCGACAGCGAGAAAACGGCGUCGCCGAACCAAAGCGUCCGCGGCUACGAGAUCAUCGACCAGGCGAAGGAUGCCGUCGAGAAGAUCUGCCCCGGCGUCGUUUCAUGUGCCGAUCUCAUUGCGAUUGCGGCCCGCGACGCCGUUUUCCUCAGCGGGGGAGGGAUAUACAGAGUCCAAACAGGGAGAAGAGAUGGGCUUGUUUCGUCGGCCGACAUAGCAAACGUAACCCUCCCAGGCCCAUCCAUCACAGUCCCGCAAGCCAUCGCCGCAUUCGCCGAUAAGGGCCUCACCGCCGUCGACAUGGUCCUCCUUCUAGGCGCACAUUCCGUUGGCGUGGCACACUGCUCGUUCCUCAGCGAGCGCAUCCACAACUUCAAGGGCAGCGGCAAGCCCGACCCUUCCAUGGACCAGUUCACCGUCAACACGUUGCGGUCGAGGUGCCCGAUCAACGCGAUCGAGAACACCGUGAACCUCGACCAGAACCCGUUCAGCCCGCUGGUGCUCGACAAUUCGUACUACCAGAACAUACUGCUGCGUCGAGGGGUGCUGCAGAUCGACCAGGAGCUCGGGAUGAGCAGGUUCACGAGGCCGAUCAUCGCGAACCUGGCGAAUUCGGUGGAUUUUCCGGCUAGGUUUGGGGCGGCCAUGGUCCGGCUGGGAGCCGUGGGUGUCCUGACGGGGACGCAGGGUGAGAUUAGGAGUUCUUGUAGGGUGGUCAACAAGGCUGUUAAGAAGGAUAAAUCGGGUUAAAUAUUUGUUUUUCUUCUUCUUCUUACUGUUUUGUUGUUUUCUUGAACAAUUUUUGU